AAUGGUGAAUAGAGAUUUCUCUAAAAGCGCGAAAGCUGACGAAUCAAGGCGUCGCCACUUCAAGAAUUGACUACUCUUGAGAUUCACGGCACCGAUCAUAGUUGUCAACAGUUCAUCUCUGAGCUUCAGUUGUGAGAAAUUGAAUUAUCUUUUUCUGCCUACAUUAAAAUGAUUAGGAAUUCGUGUUAAGCGAUAACAAUAACGAAAUGAACGAUACGUUGAUAGUGUGAAUAACUGAUAUUUAUCUACUGUGAUUCAUCUCGUUUUCAUCAAACUUAAUUUAUUAUUAUUCGAAGGUAAACGUUUAUAAGGUAUAAGUAAAAUAACGAAGAGCUGUAAAUCACUAAUAUUUUUUUUAUUUAAAAAAAAUGUGAGCUUUCGUCUGCCACGUAUGAAAGAGAUUCUGAUUUUAAUAUCUUAACCUCAGUUGCUCUGUGGGAGACAUUGUGACAUGUGGAGCAUUUAAGAUUACUAAAAAUAUCCUGCAGCAUGAGACUUCGUUUUUUAAAAAUAAAUAACCACCUGAUAGCCAUUCUUUAUAAAGAAGAAUAAAUAGUUAUUAGACUGUCAUUGUCUUUCUAUGUUGGAGUCGCUAUUCUUCACUUGAUACUAUGAAUAUGUAUAAAAACAUAUUAAACAGUAAAGUACAUCUAGACUGCUAAUUCAUUGAAGAGAUCUGGCAAAAAUGUCGGCACCAUUGCCACCACCCCCACCAACAAAUUUUGGCACUUCAGCAGCGGGUGCAGGUGAACAAGGUCGUGGUCUUUUAUUACAGUCAAUCAGAGCUGGAAAAACAUUGAAAAAAACUGUCACAGUAGAUAAAAGUGCACCAGCAAUUAGUGGUAGAGUAAAGGGUGAGGCUGCAAGUAAUGUGUCUAAUAACACUAGCACGUCAGCUGGACUGUCCAGUAGUAACAGUAUGAGUAAUGGUGGACCACCUGGAUUAGCUGGAUUAUUCUCUGGUGGCAUGCCAAAGCUUAAACCCACUGGACUACGUGCAAAUAUGAGUGAGAGAGAUAACACAGACUCUUCAGGAAAUGCGACAUCUAGCAAUACCCUGCCUAGUGUGCGAAGAGGGCCACCUCCAAUUCCACCACCAGCAACGCAGAAACCACAGAUUUUCAAUCCGACAGAUCUUCUUUUCAUACAGGUACAGAAUACUAGCAAUACAGACUCAGGACCGGCUUCCAUAAUGAAAGUAGCUGUGCCUAAACCGCCUCCACCACCUUCGCUAGCACCACAGAAACCAUCACCGCCGCCAAAGAAAUUAAAUCUAAAUACAAACGUCUCCAGGGCUCAGAGCAUGCGUUUGCCUCGAUCACCGCCAGUCCUGGUGGCACCGACUCCUGCCUCAUUGCAUCAAUCGCAGGACUGCUUGAACGAACAGCAACGUCCUAUUGGAAGAGUAUUACGACCACCGGUGGUACGACCGCCAUCACCUCCAACAAGUAGAGCACCCGGAACAGUAAUUGCCACCAGGACUGCUCCACCACCACCCUCGCGGACAGCUGUGUCAGCACCAAAAAUACCUCCACCACCCCCACCACUUCCUCAGAGAACUGCAUCCGCUCAGCAAAGAAUAACUGCUCCCACACAUCCUCUACCACCAACUCCGUCCACCAGGACUUCCUCCAUGCGCAAUGGCCAAUCAACGGCCAAUCUCACUGAUCUGGAUGUACGAUUUGCCGAUAAGUUCCACUCCGCUGUACAUUUUCCAUCGCCGGAACCUUUUCGUGGCUUUCCCAAGACUUACUACAGCAAAAACGGUGAGAAUCAAGGGCAAACAACUUCCCUUCUUGGAUUCACUAUUAACAGACAGACAAGCGCGUUUGACAUCUGACAAGAAAAUUUUCUGUUGCGUUAAUUUAAUUGCAAUUGCGUUACUAACUAUGAAAUGCCUUAAACGACUUCUCGAAGCUACGACUGAAAGCAACUACUUGGGAUUCGCUUGGGAAUUAAAUAAUUUUCUAUAAUUUUAAUUAGCUCAUUAGACAACCUCUGUGCCUUAGCAAGUGAUACCUACUCGUACAUUCGAUGUGUUCAGAAAAUAGUUUCUCACUUGAUACCGUAUGUAUAUAAACUCCGAACCGAAGGAAAUUCGUUAGCGAUGAAAUUAUUUUAAUAUCAUAACCGUUAUACAAUAUUGUCGUUCAGUUCUGUAGAUCGUUUCGCGCGAUAUCUAUCAGAUUUUAUUGUAGCCUCAUAUUUAAUAUACUUAAAGGUGUUUAAAAAUCAUCUACAUUUAUCUUUGUUCCUGCAUGGUGUUCUAUCAGUGGUACUAUUUUGCACGUAAUAAAAUUUCCUGCAGGUCCAGCGAGUGCUCUAAAGCGGUUAUCCCGAGUGUGCACCAUUAACACUAAUUUAACAAAGAAUUGCUUUUGCUUGAAUAAAGAAUUCUUUUUUAACU